AUGCAAACUAGUCCUCGCAGACGUUCGCCUUAUGAUGGUAUCUCUCCACUAAUCUUUCUUUAAUAUUAUUCUGCAUGCUUUAUGUUCAUCACAUGUUUAUAAACAUAGCAAAAAUAUUGUAAAACUCCUACACUAUUUUUAGCUUUUAACAACUCAUCUCUGACAGCUUUUUCUCUUAUAAAUUAAAACUUAAAAACAACUGCUGUUUAGUCUUAAAAACAACUGCUGUUCUCUCAUAGAGGUUAAGUGUUUCAGAACAGUUCUGUGUUGUAUACUAAUAUUACUAAAUGUAUUUAUUAGUUAUUAAUGAUGAAAUUAAUGACAAUAUUAAAGGUGAAAAUCAAAUAAUGAUCACAAUAUUAACACUGUGAAUUAAGACAAAAGCUCAAGGCAUACCGGUUGUUUCUUCCAUUAAUUGAUAAAAUGUUAGAAAGAACUUGAAAUAAUGUUAAUAUUAUUGGGAAUGUAUUAUCUUACUCUUCUCUCAAGUUAGCUUUGCCUAAACAUUACAAAUAAAUUUAAAAGGAGGGAAAGUGACUGCAUGUAACACAACUUUAAUCAAUAUAGUAUUCUGCAUAACAAGAUUAAUCUAUUGAAGAAGCGAACACAGAUGGCAGAUGCCAAUAAUUUAACUCUGGCCCAAAAAUAUUCAAUGUUUUUGAUUUUAAUUUUUAAAAAUGUUUUUCUCACCAGUUUGGAAAACGAAGCAGGGUAGAAACUUUAAGUAUUGUCUCUUUAGGCCAGAACUUUCUCUUUCUGGAUACGGCUUCCAUCCACACAUAUCCAGUGAAUCUGGCGCAUGAAUCCGCAACUUUUUGAAUCCGCUCUCCAGAUGGAUGCUAAAUCCGGACAUUUUUUGUCCAGUGACAUAACAAGAUCGAACCCAGUUCUUUACUGUGAAUACUGUAUUCAAGAUGGCAACCUUGUUCCUGGGUUCUUUUUCUUACCCAUUGAUACAAAAACAAUAUUGCCAAUAUUUCCAGAAGAGUCCUGGGUACUAAGGUGAAUCCGGAUAUGUGUUGAUGGCAAAUUUGAUUUGAAUAUGUAAACAUGUGGACAUGAAAUUUUUUUAAUUCCAGAAUGAAAAAGUUGCAGAUUCAAAAAUAUCUGGAUUCGUGUGGAGGGGGCCUUCAAAGAUGUAAACUAUUCUUUUAGUCCCCAAAUUUUCUGUAGUAGCUUUUAAGUUGAAUAAAAAAAAGUGUGAGGAAGGUUAAUUAACUUUAUAAUCAUUUUUAAGUGCUAUCAUUGAAACAAAAAUAUUAAUAGCCUUUAAAAGAUUUGUUGCCUAUUUUAUUAAUAUGCCAAUUAUUAUUAUGUCUUUCCAGAAGGUUCUGAAAUGUACAGCCAAAGGCCACCUGUCCAGAAACGACAUUUAUCAGGUACAGUGUACAGUAUAUGAUGGGUUUCACACUACAGCAAUGUAUUGUUAUUAUUGUUAUUAUUAUUAUUAUUAUUAUUAUUAUUAAUCAAUGUUUUGUAGAUCAUAAAAUGCAACUUUUGUACAUCAGUGCUUCUAUUAAACUGCCCAUUGCAUUUAAUGUAUUUCUUGCCAUGGCUUUUCACAGGGCAAAGUUUGGAAGGUUUAUGGAGUAAAGAGUGCUAGGUUUUGAUUUUAAUACAGACAGAGAUAGUCAUGAAGUUAUUUUCUCUACAAUUACUUAAAAAUAAGAAUGUUUAAUGUUAUUAUUUUUGCCUGUCACAUCAAACACAACUGAACUUGAAGUGCCAGGGGUAUUUGAAAGGGUUUAUGUUCUCAGCAGUUGUAAAAAUUGCACUUGACAUAGCCUUUAGGCAAGCUCUCAUGGGGGACUUUGGGCCACCCAAAGUGGGUUUGCUUGCAGGAUACACUAGGGCAUUAGUAGUACGCAGGCCUAUACAAAUUACUUGGUUUUUUUUCCUUGCUUUCUGAAGAUUAGCUUAAAUUUGCUAGUUAAAUGUAGCAGUUUUUACUAUUAUUCUACAGCUCACCACCAAGGGGGCUACUAUGGGGGAUCAAGUGGUCCCACGCCAUUGUUUGAAGACACCAGUAUGGAAAACAGACAGGAAAUGCCAGGUUUUUCCACACAGUUUGGACAGUUUGCUGGCAAUGAAUUUUUGCAAGGUCCCAUGGCCAAUGUAGCUGUUGGAUAUGGGGCACAAAUGGCUAAUCAAGGAAAAGAAUAUGUGGAGAAACAUGUAAGUUUGACGUUUUUUGAUCACCUUUUAGUUCCUUAUACAAACAUUUUCUACGAGAUGCAUUUGCCCCUGAUUUGCAGCUGAAGCUCUUGCAUCUUCCGUUUCAUUGAUUUGUGAGCCUUAAGUCCCUUAUAAAUAUAAGAAUAGUGAUAUAAAUAAUUACACCACAAUAUUAUGAUUUAAUUUAGUGUACAUGUAACUUUCUCCUAUUUUUCUUUACAGAUUGACCGCUUUGUUUCAAUGUCAAAAUUAAAGUACUACUUUGCUGUAGAUACAUCAUAUGUUGUCAAAAAGCUGGGGCUUCUCAUUUUCCCCUUCACACACAAAGUAUGUACAUAUUACGGCCCUGCUGACUGAAUUCCUUUUUUGUAUAUAAGGCUAAUUUACUACGUAUAUUUAUGUACAUUGUGCUUAGGACUAGAUAGGUUGACUUAAUCUAAACUGAAGGUGUCAUUCUUUGAUUAAUUUAUAUACUGUUCCAUUAGGCUUUUCAAUAUACAGUAACAAGUAAGGAAAGUUCCCAAAAAAAACUGCUUGGCUGACAAACUGCCUCUUGAUGACCAUUGACUUUAUACCAACGAUAAAAAUUAUUUUUGUUGGGAAAAAAAGUUCCAAAAAACAUAUCACAUUUUAAGUUCACUGGUCUCCCACAGUGAAUACUUUUGUCAAAACUCCAGGGGUUAUUUGUCAACAGUCAUUUACCAUGACCUCUGCCUCCAAAUGUACUGUAGUAGCCAAAUUACCCCACGGUGCCUUGUAUCUAGCCCUUCACUCAAAGUUUUUUAUAGUGUAAUAUUUUAAAUGAAAUAUGGUAAUUCUGUUUUGAACACCAAAACUAGCAUUUUAAGUUUUUUGUUGGUGUUCGUAGAACUGGUCCGUGCAGUAUAACAAGUCAGAACCUGUUGCUCCAAGAUAUGAAAUUAAUGCUCCUGAUUUAUACAUCCCAGGUAAUGUUUAAACCACGAACUUGCACCAGUAUUAAUAAAAUUGAUUAUUGUUAAAAAUACAAUGUAGAUGCACAGUGUAAAAGAUGGUAGUAGAUAGAAGAGUAGUUUCUUGGUGUUGCAGAGAGGUGUAAUCACCAAAUGAUGUGAUACAAAAGAUUGAAAAGACACUGAGCAGUAGCCACACAACAACACAAAAGCCAACCAACGAUGGUUUCCCUAACACCAAGAAACACCAGAUAAAAGAGAUCAAAGUGUUUAAAAUGUAUUUGGAUGAUCUUGUCGUAAUUUCUUAUGAUCCCUUCAUCAGACGAAUUAUUGAUGUUACAUUUACCUGAAAAAAAAAUCGAUUCCCUUGUCUUUACUACAUCUUUAAUGAUCAGAAGAGAAGGUUGCACUGGGUGGAAUUAUGUCUUACAUGAUCCAAAGUGGGUACCUAUGAUGCCCAGUUUUUACAAUCUUUUGAAAAAACUUCAAUAGAAUCAGAUGAAUUUUGAAUGCUUGGACAACAUUAGUAACCAAAUACAUUGAAACUUUCCUUUCCUGAGAAGUCUCCUAAGCAGCCAUAGUCUCUUCACACAAUGCUUCUCCCCACAAGGAGCAAUGUUGUGUGAAGAGACAAAAAAUGGCUGCAUAGAAGACUAUUUCCUGAGUGACUUUUUCUUUAAUGAGUCAGUAUUCUUGUUAGUGACUGAAUGACUACAUAUUUCCAUAACUGUCUUGGUUUGUUGUCCUUUUUAACUCAACAGUAAUGGCUUUUGUUACGUACAUUCUUGUGGCUGGACUUGUCAUGGGAACACAAAACAGGUAUGAGAAUUCUCCAAUCAUAUUAGUAUAAACCAAAUUGGCACUCCGUAAAAGUGCUAAAUCUCUCUUCUUUUUUUUUCAGAUUCACUCCUGAGCAGUUAGGCAUAACAGCGAGCUCGGCAUUGGUGUGGCUGUUUGUUGAGAUUAUGGCUAUUCUGUUUUCCAUGUACCUCUGUAAUGUACAAGCAGAAAUUAAAUGGCUGGAUCUUUUAGCAUUCUGUGGCUACAAAUAUUUUGGGUAUGUUUGUCAGUUGAGCAGUUAAACUUCAUUUGGUCUGUAUAACGUGCUCAAUGACAUCAGUUUAGUUUCCAUGGCUUAUACCCAGUUUUUCUCUGCCUACAUGUAGUGUAAUUACAUGGCCAAGAAAACUUUUUUUCCUGUAGGACCAAAGCAGGGAAACCCGAGUAUGGAAGGCAGCAGGCCCAUCUUGCCUGCUUGGGUAACCAAUCAGAACAGAGGAUUUCGUUUACCUUUUGUUCUCCCAGGAUCAGCCAUUUAGUAACUAUGAGAUAAAACAUGAGCAUGGGUGGAUACAGUUUGUACUUUUAGAUAAAAUAUGGUUUGGAGAUCUGUAUGAGCAUGAAUGGGAAUGCAAAUUGUAGUGACUACAAUGAAAUACAUAAUUUUAUUGGUUUCUCUCAUUUUAAAUGAUUAAUAAAUGAAUUUUGAUUUUUAUUGACAUGAUCUUCAUCUCAGACUGUAAAAAUACAAAAAUUUGUUGGGCCCUAUCCAGUUAUGUUGAUCUCAUGCUUGGUCAAUAAGGAAUAGGGACUUAGUGAUCAGACAACGCGAUAGCAAGGACAACUUAAAAAAACUGUUAGGUUUAGAAGGCAAAACAACAACUUUGUACGUGUAUUACACUUUUUUGUACAUUUCUUUGCCGUUUUUGUAUAACUACGAUGUGAAACUGCCAAGUUCUACAUUUUAUGGAGGGCAUAAACAAGCAACAACCAAAUUUUCUCUCUCUUUCUGAAUUUGGAUAGGGAUCCUAGGAAUUCAAAUCAGGGGGGGGUGUAGGUUUUAAUCACGGUUAAGACUGUAAGAAAGUAAAUUCAGUUUUUAAGUGAUGGGUUUUCACUGCUAUCAACUCGUCUGAUUGUAAAGUCCCUAUCCCCACUUCCUGAAGGAAUUUGUGUUUUUUGUUCUCUUUAGCAUGAUUGUGAGCUGUCUUGGUGGACUUGUGUUUCACUCAGCUGGAUAUUACCUCAUUCUGUUGUGGAUGAGUGUCAGCAUUGGAUUUUUCAUGGUAUGUCAUGUUAAAUACUUGGCUUAUUUGCUAACUGCUGUGCUACAGGUACAUACAUAAAUCUUGGCUUGACAUUGUAAGAUUUUAAUAAUUCAAAUCAAACUUAACAGGGUUAAGAAUCCCAGCUAGCCGGAGGCAAGCCAGUUGGCUAUUUAUAAGUAUGGCCUGGGAGUUAAACUUACAACAUUACCAAGAACUAAUCCAGCUUCUGUUCAGGGUGGGAUGAGCUCUUUGCAUGACUUGAUCACUUGACGUGUGAUCAAGUCAUGCAAAGAGCCUAUUGAGCUCGGGACUUCUUAAUUGCAAGUCCAGUGCUCUAACCUCUCUGCCACCCUGCCUCUAAACCCUAGUUUGGACAUAUUUCCUGAUACUGAUUGUCUUUGUCGAUGAUUCUUUAUAGGUUCGCACCUUGCGAUUGAUUAUUGUACCUGAGUCUGCCCCAGAUGGGAUCGCCAGAGCAAGCAAAAGAAGAAUAUACCUUCUGCUAUUUAUUGCAGUGCUACAACCAUUGUUUAUGUAUUUCUUAACCAGUCAUCUGAGACCAGUUGUUUCAGAGCACCUCAAUGGCCCAAAGGCCACCCUGUGAAAAAAAGGCCCUAUUAAAGGACAGCAAAAUUUGAAGGGGGAGGGGGUGACUCCCUGUUGUUGAGGUGUAUGACCAUUGUUUUCUAAUUGUCCAUUGCCUUUAAUACUUUUUUGCAGCCCAUGUUAAAAGUUAGAAAUGAUGAAAAAGAAUACACAUGGGCGUUAAAGAGUAUACUCAAUAUUGCUGGAUUAACUGUUAAGUAUCCUCAGCAUUUUUUUUUUUUAACUUUGAUGUUUCUGAUGUAGAUAUUGGACGUUUAUCUAGGCUCUACACCUAGUAGACCGUAAGUACAGACCGUUUAUGGGGCAUCUGAAAAAU